UGAAUUUCCUUCGGCGUAGUGUGGGAGUGCUUUCAGCAUUGGCCUUCAACAUAGCGACGUUUGUUGCGCUUACAAUGAUGUCAGAAAGACUGCUUUUGUCGAGAGUGCUGCGCCAGUUGCUGCGGAACGUUACGAUGCGUCGACGCUUGUGCAACUCAGCGCCGCGCGAACUCGAUUCCGGCGUUAAGGAGAGAAUUUCCCGAGGCCCUUCGCUCGAGCACUUCAUCGCUAACUCUGCAAAUAGCCUUGCCGAAGCUGAACCGCCACGCUCGACUGAAAAGUUCCAACAUCCCUACGUAGCGAAUAAUGAUGUCCAGGCACAAGGGAAGAGAGUACACUUCGAGACGUAUGGGUGUCAGAUGAAUGUCAAUGACACUGAAGUGGCCUGGUCCCUGUUGAGGGAUGCUGGUUUUGUGAGGACCAACUCUGCAAGUGAGGCUGAUGUCGUGCUCAUAAUGACUUGUGCCAUACGAGAGGGUGCCGAAGGAAAGAUCUGGUCGAGAAUCAAUCAAUUAAAGCACUUGAAGAGGCUGCGCCAUGCCGCUCAACAUGGGCCCUUGCAGAUCGGAAUAUUGGGAUGCAUGGCUGAGAGGCUUAAAGAGAAACUUAUAGAGAAAGAGAAAGCAGUGGACAUAGUUGCGGGCCCAGACAGCUACAGAGACUUACCACGUCUCCUGGCCCUCGCCAAUUCAGGACAAGCUGGUGUGAAUGUCCAGCUCUCUUUGGAUGAAACCUAUGCAGAUGUAGUCCCUGUUCGUCUGAAUGAGAAUUCGAAAUCUGCAUUUGUGUCCAUCAUGCGUGGCUGCAACAACAUGUGCUCCUAUUGCAUUGUUCCAUUCACACGUGGUCGAGAGAGAAGUCGCCCACUGGCAAGCAUCUUGGAUGAAGUGAAAGCCCUAUCGGAUCAGGGCGUUAAAGAGGUCACCUUGCUGGGGCAGAAUGUUAACAGCUACCGGGACAUCUCAGCUGAAAGCCAGGCCUUUAUUGAGCGCAGCAAAGAUGGUCCGGAAAUCUUGAGUCGAGGUUUCCGCACCGUCUACAAGUUGCCUGUUGGCGGUCUGCGAUUCGCUGAUCUCUUAGACAGGGUCUCGCAGGUGGACAGAGAGAUGCGCAUUCGCUUCACCUCACCCCACCCGAAAGAUUUUCCAGAUGAGGUGCUGGAAGUGAUUAGGGACCGGGACAACAUCUGCAAGCAAAUCCACCUGCCUGCGCAGAGUGGGAACAAUGCUAUUCUUGAAAGCAUGCGCCGAGGCUACACACGCGAAGCAUACCUGGAGCUCGUGGACCGGAUACGUGACGUUCUACCAAAUGUGGCCUUGUCUAGCGACUUCAUAUGUGGCUUCUGUGGCGAGACUGAAGCCGCCCACGAGGAUACCAUGUCUCUGGUAGAUCAAGUGAAGUACAGCGUAGCCUACGUGUUUCCUUACAGUCUCAGAGAAAAAACACACGCACAUCGUCGUCUCGAAGACAAUGUCCCACUCGAUGUCAAGAAACGCAGAGUUGGAGAAGUGUUGUCCCUCUUUCGUCGUCAUGCUAAAGAGCUCUUCGACCAACAAAGUUCGUCGCAUCAGCUUGUUCUGGUUGAAGGAAGUAGUCGCCGUUCGCCAGAGGACAUGGCCGGCAGAAAUGACAACAACGUAAAGGUCGUAUUCCCGAAGAUUCUCGUCCCAGAACAACCAUCGUCUUCAGUGAAAAAGCAGAUUCAACCGGGCGAUUAUGUAGUUGUUCAGAUUCAAGAUUGCUCGAGCCAGGUGCUCAAAGGCAUGCCAUUGUAUGCCACUUCUCUGCAAGAAUUUAUGGCUGAAGAACGGGAACAGGUGCGCUUGAGGCAUGUAUAGUCGGUCUAUCUUUCUCACUGGAAUAAAAUAUGUGCUAUCAGGUUUUCUAUUGGCAAUAUAAUGAAGC